UCGGAACCAGAAGUUUCGGUAACUGGGAUUAAAAUGGGUUCUUUAGAUGAUUACCAGUUUCUGGACAGCUUUAAGAGGAAGCGCAUCAAACUGACCACCAGGUUGAGCAGUUUUGUGGGCGUGGUGCAGCGCAUUAACCUGAACAAGACCCUCAUCCUGGAGCAGGUGGAGGAGCUUCAGACUGGCACCAGACUACCCGGUGCAAAGCUCUUCUUCGGUCAUGAGAUCCUCAACGUGGAGUUCCCUUCAUCUUCUAAAGCACCAGACCUGGAGACUGAGCAGGGCGAUGCCAGUGGCGUGGGCGCACUGCCUGUGUCAGAGUACCAGCCCUACAGGAGGAGGCUGAUGGAGGAGGAUGAAGAUGAUGAGCAGUGGGUGAACUACGUGGUGGUUGAUGAGUUCCAUGAGAAGUUCGGCCCCGCCCUGAUGCACAUCCGCAGGCAGCAGGUGAUCGGGAUCGGUGCAGACGGAGUGGGAGCGUUCCACCAAGAGAGACUGUGCUGGCUGCAAGUGGCCACCAAGAACAAGGUGUACCUCUUCGACAUCCUGAUACUCGGCGCCCGGGCGUUCAAGAACGGACUCUCCGCCAUCCUGGACAGCGAGAAGAUUCUGAAGGUGGUCCACGAUUGUCGUGGCAUCGCUGGCUGCCUGAUGGCACAGUUCGAGGUGAACCUGGUGAACGUCUUCGAUACGCAGGUCGCCGAUGUCGUGCAUUUCUACAACCUGACCGGGGGUUUCCUCCCAGACCGGGUGAGCACCCUCCAAGAGGUGGUCAGCUCCCAUCUAAAGAUACCUGCUCAAAGUCUGUCCUCUCUGAAGAUCAAAGAGCAGCUUGGGAUGGAGGAUAAGGAGGUGUGGUACGCCCGGCCCUGCCCUGCUCCGCUGCUCAAGGUCAUGGCACUGUCGGUGAUCCACCUGCAGCCUCUGCGCUUGGUGCUUCUGGACGUUCUCAUGUCAGACUACACGAAUCUCGUGGAUUGCUACCUGAGGAGCGCCCAGGAUGAACCCGUACGCACGGAGAACAUCGGGAGAACUCUACUGGAGCUGCCCAAGGAGCUGCGAGAGCUAGAGACCAUCAAGAAGGCGCGCCAAACCCAAGCUUUGAACUAUUACCAAGUUACACAGGAUGGGCUUCUGAAGCGGCACGGUGCCAACUCGGGUUCAGAUCCAGAUCUUCAGAAGCGGGCGCCCAAUCCUGAUCUGGAUGGACCUUCGGAACAUGGUGGGCAUUUUUUCACAUCUUUGGGAAGCGGUAGUGUAUCAGAGAGCUUCCCGAUUACCACAGCUGGACCAGGACGUCUCGAUCGGCACCAUGCCAACCAAGGUUCAGAGCUAGGUCUGCAAAAUCCCAAACUGGAUGGACCACCAGGACAGUCUUUGGGACGAUUGAGGCUACCGGAGGGUAAAGAGAUCACGUCUGCCACCGCGGCGGUGCCAGGAUUGGGCAGAGGGCUGACACUCCCAGUGCCAGCAGUGGUGCCCGUUCAAGGAAGUGCCCCACACAAGACAGAAGACAUGGAAGGUGUGGCCCAGAGGAACCUCCUCAUGCCUGGCACCCAUCCAUUCCCAACUAUAGGGCGGGGACUCUUCCAAAGACCGCUGUAGGUGCCCAGGAUGGCACCACAGAGACUCCAGAUCACUUUUCACUGGUGCCACCGCUGGUCGAGCGCCAGCCGUGUCUGAGUGAGGGAAGACCGGACAGUCGAUCACCUCCUUACUGCUGGAACAGCGACUCCUGCUGUCUGGUCAAGGUGCUGAUACGACUGGCAAAUAAACACAGCGACAGUAAUCACUCUGUGUCCAGUAAAUGAGUCCCUUAUUGUCCAGUGUGAGUGUUUGUGCAGCCAGCAGGGGUCGCCAGGGUGCUCAGGGGAACUGAGUAUAAUCUAAUUAAACUGAGAAAAUCAUUCUAUAUGUGAGGGAUGUUUAUGUUCAUGUUCUGUUGGGUUGCCAGAUAUAUUGAGACCUUUUGUUCUCAGGUCAGUGUGUUUUCUUCUAGGUUGAUAUUUUUCUAUAUUCGAACAUAAAGACGUUUAAAUGUUUUGGUUAAAUUAAAUACUGUAGUUUGAUGUGCAGAACUGUUUUCUGUCGGUUGGUGGCGCUGUUGCUUUAAUUUUCAAUCCGGUUCAUAAAUAUUCGCUUUAUUCUUUUUUUAUUUCACUGAACUGCAGCAUUAAUGAUUAUAGAAAUAUUAUCAUAAAUCUGUUGUAAUGGUUUUUUUUGUUAUAAUAAACGUUUUGUUUUGAGUUUA